ACAACAGUCAGUUUCUCCUUGAAGACACAAGUGAGUAUAAUUUACUCAUAUCCAUUCCGCUGAUCAUAGAGCAGAAAAUUUUCAAGUCUCAAAGUCAAAGCAUAUACUUUUCGGGAAGUGUACCGAAACAUUGGUAUUACAGGCCUGUUGUCGGCUCGAAUUUUAUUUCAAGCAGUUUAUCAGCGCUGAAUAAAGACAGCUUGUAGAUACAAGAUGUAUGGGAUGCUUCUGGAGAGCGUCAUGUACUAUCUAGUCGAAAAAUAUGGCGAAGAAAAGUGGGACAAGAUCAGAGAACGCGCAGGUAUAAGUGAACAUAUGUUCAUAACUCACAAACGCUACAGUGAGAGUAUGAUGCAGAAAAUUGCCGACGCCAGUGAGGAAGUUCUUGGAGAAGAAACAGAUAUGACAAGCGACGAUUUCAUGCAGUUUUUCGGCAGGUGUUUUGUGAAGUUCUUCAGUCACUAUGGCUACGAUCGUAUAAUUCGCGUAAGUGGUCGGCAUUUGCGAGAUUUUUUAAUUGGUAUUGACAGCUUGCACGAGCACAUGCGUUUUGGUUACCAAAAGAUGCUGUCUCCAAGCUUUUUCUGCGAGGAAGAAACGAGUGGAGGCUUGACACUGCACUACAUUUCAAAACGGAAGGGCUUCAUGUACUACGUCAUUGGACAAGUCAAAGAAAUUGCUUCCGCCUUCUACAACUUGGACGUUGACGUCAAAAUUCUUAACAACGAAGUCACCAACACGACUACUCACGUGGUAUACCGCCUCGAUUUCGAAAACGCUGGCUAUAAACCUCCCAUCCCUGACUCCUUAUCAAUCCACAGCAAACGCAGUGUCAGCAUUGAAGUAUUUUUCAAUUUAUUUCCGUUUAGUUUCGCGAUUGCGCGUGACAUGACAGUGCACAUGGCAGGACAUGGAAUCAUAUCUACUGUGGGAAAUCGUAUCAUAGGCAACGACGUGAGAGAGUUGUUCACAAUGAGGAGACCUAAAGCGGAUUUCACAUGGAACACGUUUACGACAAGGCACGUGAUGUUCGAGUUGGUCUGUACGCUUGCGACGCUGCGACGUCCCACAAGGGCGAAUUUUACGCUGCAACAAUCGUCUUAUAAACUCCAAAACAGCAGUAUGGAGUGUCCUCUUUUUCUCUCCACUGAAAAUGAACAGCAGUACGAGACCAUGAUGUCCAAACAGCCUAAGCUCCACCUUAGGGGCACGAUGAAGUUCAUGCCGUCAUGGAAUAAAAUUAUUUACAUCUGCUCACCUUUGAUUGGGGGUGUGGAGGAGAUGAUGCGCAUAGGUCUGUAUAUGAGCGACCUAGGACUGCAUGAUACAUCACGUGAGAUGGUACUAUCUGGGAUUAAACCACUGCCUCAGCUUGAGAUGGCAAGAGACCAUGAAUUUGAGAAAGGGAAGGCCCUCGAAGAAAAUAUGGAGAAAUUGGCGCAAGAGAGGAAGCGGAGUGAAGAGUUGCUUUAUAGAAUGAUGCCCAAAGCCAUCGCUGAUAGAUUGAGACUGGGGGGUAAAGCAGUCGAAACAUGCGAGGUUAGAUUAAUCGUGACGUUUAUGUUCCAUUAUUAUUUCCGAAAAGAGGGAGGGACAGGAUAUUUUUUUAAGGGACAUCUCUAA